AUGUUUCGCCCUUUCAUCUGUGCCACUUUCAAUCCUCACCAAGAUGACGAUGGUCCAAGAAAACCCAGAAACAACAAAGCUCGAAAAAAGGAUGACAAGAACCCUUACUCGGAUCGCGGCCUCGACAAGUUUUCUGCACUUUUAUCUGAGCUCGAGCAGAAGAAACAAAAGAUUUACUCGCAAACGGGCUCACAAGAUGUAAAGUUGGUUCGUUUUAAGUACAAGAACUCGACGGAUUUCGUCCCCAUCGUGGUAAAGCUCAAGGACAACAAGAAAGAAGAAGAGAAAAAGAAAGGUAUUGAUAAUACCACCACCAAAGAGAUGAAUCUUGAUGCACAAGUCAUAGAUAAACACCCAAUCCAUGAAGGGAAAGAAGUAAUGAACAAGGUACCACCAGGACUACAACCUGUUACUGAUCAGAAGAAGAAAAAACAAAGCUUUUCAUGGAAUAUUGAGUUCCAUAAAUGGAGACGGCCUUGUUACUAUUUACCAACAUUUCUGGUCUUGAUUUUGUUGCUUUUGGUGUUGUUUGAAAGAUCGGUUUCGAUACUAAUUACUUGUAUUGGAUGGUAUAUGGUACCUAUAAUACAAGGAAAUAGUUACAAUAAGAAGAAGGGUUAUGUUAGAAAAUUGAGUGACAACAAAACCGGAGCUGUAGGAGACAAGUCAUCCCAGGUCUGA